UCGGUACUUUGCGUCGGCGGCAAUUCAGGCGGAACACAACAAGUCCAAGUUCCAUAGACGAAGGACGAAGGAGUUUGCCAAGGGGGUGAAGCCGCAUUGUCAGGAGGAUGCAGAGCUAGCAGCAGGCAUGGGAAAGACAGACAAUGGGCCUCGAUUGAGAUCAGCAGCAUCAGCAGCACAACCACCACCUACUGCCAUGAUGCAAUGA